UUGAUUAGAUGAUUUUGUAUGAAAAUGAUAUUUCCUUUUUUAAUGUUUUCAUUUUAAUUUCUUUUCAGGAAAUUGAUUUCUUAGAGACCUAGAAAUUCGACUACAUGGCAUUGAAAAGUUUUAGCACUCAGUGUAAGCAACGGCAGUGUUUUCAGUGUAAGGGGGACACAGAAUUCUACUGUAAAACUUGUGAUUAUGAAUUAUGUCUACAGUGCAAAGAGAGACACAUUAAUUUAUACAUCAAAGACCAUGAUCUUGUGCUGUACCGUGAGAAAUACCAAAGUCUAACAAAGCAAGAAAGCUGUGAGAGACAUCCAGACAAAUUAUAUGAUAGAUACUGUCUUUCAUGUGAAGUCCCUGUCUGUGUUAAAUGCAAAGUAUACAGAAAUCUCAAAAUGUUACCUUUUUCAUUCCUGUUGAAUAAACACAGAAAACACGAAAUGCUGGAUCUAAGUACAGCCUAUGAAACAAACCGUCGAAAAUACAGAGGAAUCAUCCACAAAAUGAGAAGUGACAUAAUCUACAACAGCUGUCAUCAUCUGACAAGAAUAAAAACUGAUUUGAAAUUUUUUCACACCUGCAACAUUCAAUCAGAGAUGUCGGUGAAAGCCCGUAGACUGAAGAAUCUCAUUGAUAAUGAUGUGAAAAGUAGGAUUAAAAGUUUAAAGAUUCAAAAACCGCAAAUAUAUGAAAAACAGAUCCGUAAAUUGAAAAGACACAUCUAUAGAACAGAAAACUAUGAAUAUAAAUUUGAACAGUCAGUAUACAAACCUAUUAAAUUUCUCUUAUUUCUUAAGAAAACCACUGUCCCAAAACCAAAACAAAAUCCUUUUCUUACCCAUCAUUUUAUACUCUCUCUGACUGAGAAAAUAAACAGGAAAGAUGUGAUUACAUUAUUGAGUGAAAUCCAGCUUACAGAAACAGAAAAAAGACAGGUAGGAAUUGACUCUGUGUUGAAGCUGAUGUUUACACCUGUAUUGCAUAAAUCUAUGACAGUAUUAAGUCUUGAUGAAAUAAGACACAUUUCCCGUGAAUCUUCAGACCGACUCUGGAUCAGUGACAGGAACAAUAUCGUCCUUAUCAACACAGCGGAUGAUAACAUUCAUCAACAGGAAGAAAUAGGUACUUCGUUUGGAGGGCACACAGUGGACAUUAAAGGUGAUCUUAUUUAUAUAGACAGGAAUUUGAACAUAAUCAAGCUAUCACAAGAUAACAGAUCAAAGUCUAUACUAAUAAAACAAACAGAAAAUUGGAUACCACUCUGUGUCUUCUGCUCCCCCUCCACUGGACUGCUGGUUGGUCUGCGAGAUGUUCGACAAACAGGUAAGGUAGUCCGUUACGAUUACAAAGGAAAACACAUACAUACCAUACAACACGACGAUAAAGGUCAGGCAAUGUAUGGAGAUCCUUACUACAUCACAGAGAACCGCAACGGAGAUGUUGUUGUGUCUGACUGGCCCCAUGCUGUAGUGGUGACAGAUCGUGGAGGAAGACAUCGCUUCUACUACAGAGGACACCCUCCAUCGUCAGGAAUAUUACCACAAGGAAUUUGUACAGGCGCAAUGUCAAACAUUCUUGUGUGUGAUGCUCUUACCGACGCAGUACAUAUGAUUGACCAGGAUGGUCACUUUUUGUCACUGAUACUUAAUCAGCAGUUACAAGGGAUAAACCCACCAUGGAGCCUGAGUUAUGACAAACACACUUGUCUUCUCUGGGUUGGAUAUAGGACCAACAACCGAUUUUGUGUUUACAGGUACAUAAACGGACAGGACUACUUACCAGGAAAUAGUUUUCUGAGAGACCUAGAUCCUCGACUCUAUGGACUUGAAAAGAUUUAGCACUCAGUUUAAGGACCGGUAGUGUUCUCAUGAAUUGUGUCUACAGUGUAAAGAGAAGCAUGUCAUUAAUCUACAUUUUCAAAUACCAUGAUCUUGUGCUGUACAGUGAAAACUACGAAAGUCUAACAAAGCAAAAAAGCUGUGUAAGACAUCCAGACAAAAUAUAUGAUAAACAUGUCUUUCUUGUGAAGUCCUUUUCUGUGUUCAAUGCACAGAAUACAGAAAUCUCAGAAUGUUACCCUGAGAUUAAGAGUGUAAGAAGUACAAUUCUGUUUACUGUAAAUGUAUUACAUUUGGCGUGUACGAUAUUUGGCGGAAAUUCAAUUUUCAACAAGUUAACAUAGAUAUGAUUUAGCGCUAUCUGAAUGUGCUAGUUAUAAAUGUAUAAUAUUCAAGACAUUUAGCGAUCUACUUGAGUUAGAAGACUGCUUUCCGCCAAAAUCGCUAAUUAAGGGUCCUUUUCUCGUGACAGCAGUCAUAUGUUUAUACAUGUAUUAUGUUA